AUGCGUUCCCUUGUUUUGCGUCUGGCCUUGGGCCUAUUCGCUGCCAGGGCCGCUGUUGCAAGCCCAUGCAAGCCAAGCUUAGUAACGACGACAUCCAAAGACAUCUCGAUCGUCUCCACCGAGAUUUCGUCGGUCACAUCCGCUGCAUCAUCUACUAUAAGUGUAUCGACCACCUCUGUUAUUACCGAACCGUCUACAAAGACUUAUGCAUCUUCGUCCCUAGAAGCGCCGUCUUUGGCAACAACCGAGACGUCAGCGACCACUACAUUUGUCACGGAAUUAAGCACAGUUGAAUCAACAACCACUGCAAGCACUACUACAACACCCUCAACGACCGAGAGCACGGUCAUGUCCGCUUUCACCAUAAUUGCUACAGGAGAAAGUGAUUUAGAAGGCGACAGUCUUCAUACUUCUGACCACGACGGUUAUGUUGCUGUAUUUCACCCCAAUCCAAUAUUUGGCGUGACUUCGGCGCGACCAUACACCAUCGAUUCGCAGAGAAGACUAGUCAACGAUCAAGGCUAUUUCCUUUGUGCAUACUACAAUGCGAACAACGUCGAACUCGAUGCACCUGCACAAGUCAAUACCUGCACUAGCAACGGACCGAAGAAUCCUUUCCUCGACUGCGAACUCACUUCUGACCUGACACUUCGAUGUGGAAUCCCAGGCUGGUCUUGUGUUUUCAACCCUAACGGUGAGCCGAUCUGUGAAGAGGAUGGUAGCACAUGGGGGACCUGGUCUACCGGUAUUGUGAUUGUAGGUCGUGGCUUGAAGAUUGGACCGAUUGAUACUCCUGAUCGUUAUAACCUCAUCGGGUUGCGUGCGUCGAUGAAAUAA